AUGAAUUUAUCACUGUUGGACUGUAUGACUCUACUUUACCUAGUACCUAUAUCUGUAUGCAGCAAGAACUGUCCUCCUGGUACAAGGAAGGCUGUGCAGAAAGGAAAGCCUAUCUGUUGCUUUGAUUGCAUACCAUGUGCUGAUGGAGAGAUCAGUAAUAUGACAGAAUACCGGUCAAAUUUACAGAAAGAUAAAUGUGUAAAGAAGGAAGUUGAAUAUUUGUCCUUUGAAGAAACUAUGGGAAUUUUUCUAACAGCUGUUUCUAUUAUUGGUGCUUUUAUAACACUGGUAAUAUCAGUAAUAUUCUUUAGACAUAAACAUACCCCAAUAGUCAAAGCCAACAACUCUGAGCUGAGCUUCCUGCUGCUCUUCUCUCUGGCUCUGUGUUUCCUUUGUUCUCUUACUUUCAUAUUUCAGCCCACUGAGUGGUCCUGUAUGCUGCGGCACACAGCGUUUGGGAUAAUCUUCGUCCUCUGCAUCUCCUGUGUACUGGGAAAAACCAUAGUGGUGUUAAUGGCCUUCAGGGCUACACUUCCAGGCAGUAAUGUCAUGAAAUGGUUUGGGCCUACACAGCAGAGACUCAGUGUACUUGUCUUCACUCUCAUACAGGUUGUCAUUUGUGUUCUUUGGUUAACCAUAUCCCCUCCUUUCCCUUUCAAAAAUCUAAAGAGCUACAAAGAAAAAAUUAUUCUAGAAUGCAAUCUGGGUUCUACCAUAGGUUUUUGGGCUGUGCUGGGUUAUAUUGGAUUUUUGGCUUUUCUAUGCUUUGUUUUAGCUUUUCUGGCCCGGAAGUUACCUGACAAUUUCAACGAAGCCAUAUUCAUCACAUUCAGCAUGCUUAUAUUCUGUGCAGUUUGGAUCACUUUUAUUCCAGCUUAUGUCAGCUCUCCUGGAAAAUUUACUGUAGCUGUGGAGAUAUUUGCUAUUUUGGCCUCAAGCUUUGGGUUACUGUUUUGUAUAUUUCUUCCAAAGUGUUAUAUCAUCAUAAUGAAACCAGAAAAGAAUACCAAAAAGCAAAUGAUGAGUAAAGCACCAGUGAAGUGAGCUAAAAGCCUACCUAUUAUAUAAUCAUGUUUAAAUCAUAUGAUCAGUGAAAUAUGAAAUUGUAGGUCAAAUUGCAAUAUUGACCAUAUGCAUUGAUUUUCAUUUGGUAGCUAACACUUACACAACAUAGUAUAAAAUUCUCUUGAUCUGAGAGGAAAACCUUUUGUAUGUUAUCACAGAUCAAUACAAAUAUCAGGUUCUGUUUAUAAGCAUGGGAAAGGAGCUAUUCUUAAAGUUAAUUGACACCACUUGCUAAAACCCCCUAUUUAAAUUAGCAAGUAGCCCUUAAGGAAACAAGUAAUUAAGCUCAUUCAAACUGAUUAUUCAUUCAAAGUAAAUGGGUAUUACGUUAGCCAUCCUAAAACAUUUAAAAUUAUGCUCAUCAUAUGACCUACAAGAACAAGAACUGUCAUUAAAUAUAUUCUCAUGACUGUCUUGCAGUCUCACACUAAAUCAGCAUCACCUUUAAUUUCACUACUAUGCAUAGCUAGGUUUAAAAUAAAAAUCCAAAUUACUGUGUA